AUGCAUCCAACGCUCGCCUCUCUCAUUUUCGCCAUCUUCUCCGUAUCCGUCCUUUCCACAAAGCUCCUUCGCCUGUACCUAAAUGCUCACUCCUUCUCCGCCGUCGCCUUCGUCAUCUUCCUACCGAUAUUCGUCCUGCCCGACGCCGUCUUGAUAUGUUCUGAGUGGCUAUUUCUGCGCCGCAAGAAUGGCACCUUGCCGUUCAUGGCCUUCGCUGUCGCAUGCCUGAUCAGCCUAAUCACCUUCUUUGCAGCCACCUCCCAGCUGAGCUUCUUUUGGCAGACGGGUGGUGAGAUCGAAUGGUCCGAUGCCGCCUCCUUCGCCCUCCACGGCGAGGGUCGCAAGGUGCUCCUGAGCGGUUCCGGCACCGCAAUCGUCGUCAGCGGUGUCAUUCUUGCCAUUUCCUGGACCGUCCAGACCAUGCUCUAUCGAGCCGUGGGCAUCCUGCUGGUAACCGUUGAGGACCAUCUCGUCUCGAUCUUUCGAUGGACCCUGCGAAAGCUGGGAUGGGAAGCGUAUGCCAAGCAAGGCGAUGAAUCCUUUCUGCCCCUGAGAGAGUAUGUGUACGACAGCGAUUCCGAUUCCGAUGAUACGGCGAGCGAACGCACACUUCCCGUCGGAGGGGGCAAUCUCACUCCGGAUCGACCCAUGACUCGACGGUGCCUCGUGUCCUGGGGAGUGGCCAUCGCCGCACUCGUAACCUUUGUCGGCAAUGUUUUGAUAUUCGACCCCGAUCGUCCAUAUGGUCGCGUUCUCACCACGCUUCCCCUUCCCUUGCUCGACACCUUCAAGACAAAGCACAUUGCAUGCUCCGGGAGUGCAUGGCCGCUCCCAGAACUCAUCCAGCGGCAAAAUUGGGAGCUGCCUGAGGGGUACUUCAAGGGCUGGGCUCCCGGCCUUGACAAUCACUUCGCGCGCACGUAUAGGGAGAGGAGGCCAGCUUGGCUACCCCGACCAGUUCCCUCCGGCUUCUCCAGAUGGGAUCCGGAGACGAGGCGUUUGAUGAAGGACAACGCCAACGGCUCAUCGUCCCCGACAACCACGGCAGCCCUACACGAUGGCUCCUCGUCGACACUCGCUCAUGAUGGCAGGUGUCCCGAACCUGUUGUCGACGAUCCCUUUUACAACCCAAUCAACGACCCGAUGAAGAUCAGCAACCUGGCAAACGACCUCCUGCAACCUCUGCGGGAGACACUCGAGUCGGUGGAUAUAAAACACAUUGCCCUCAUUCAGAUGGAGAGCAUGCGUGAGGAACUGUUUCCUCUUCGCCAUGGGUCGGAUUUUCACCGACUAAUCAUGAAGUCUCACGACGAGCUGGACUAUGACGCCACCAACGAUCUGCUAUCUCGCCUUACUGUCAACACGGAGAAACUUACCGGCAUGGCGGGAAAUUUCAAGAGCCGAGACGGCCAGCCGUUUACCCGCAAGUCGACGGAGUGGAACGAUACGACUGACGCCGGCUUUGGGGGCAUCAACAUUGUUGGUGCGCACACGACGAGCAGCGUCUCAACCAAGAGCACGGCCGCCAUCCACUGUGGCAUCUGGCCCAUGCCGGUAGACAUGUUUGAAGAGUCCGAGUCGCAGAACUACCAACCCUGCAUCCCCCAGAUUCUAGAGCUUUUCAACAGCAUGAAGCAAAACUCUUCCGGAUCCGAUUACCGCCAUCGUCAGUGGUAUCCUGCCUUUUUCCAGUCAGUCACCGACCGCUAUGACAGACAGGACGUCUUCGACAGUCGAAUCGGCUUCAAGCACAUCGUGACAAAGGCUCGUAUCGAGGAAGACGGGUCAAAGAAUUCUGGCCUCGAAGAAAUCAACUAUUUUGGAUAUCCAGAACCGGUUUUGAAGCGAUAUCUAAGGGACUACAUUGCAAAGGCGACAGCUGACGACCAGCGCAUGUUCCUAUCGCACUUCACCAGCACGACACACCAUCCGUGGGCAACGCCCAAGUCGUUCAAGACCUUGGACUACAUGGGCUCCGCCCACGGCGGCUUGACGGACUCGCACAAGGAUAUGAACAAGUACCUUAACACGAUACGCUGGAACGAUGCCUGGCUGGGCGAUUUGAUGCAAAUGCUUGACGAUCAUGGUAUUGCCAACGAGACCCUGGUUGUACUUGUUGGCGACCAUGGCCAAGCCUUUUCUGAGGACUUCCAGAAGACGGGAACGUACGAGAAUGGUCACAUCAGCAACUUUCGAGUCCCUAUUACUUUUCGCCACCCCCACAUCCCUCGGGUGCAGCAUGUCGUGAACGCGACUUCGAUAAGCAUUAUCCCUACUAUUCUCGACCUUCUCAUCAGCACCGGCUCGCUCAACAAGCAGGACACGGCGGCCGCUUCGGACCUGAUCCAGGACUUUGAGGGUCAGUCCCUCAUUCGGCCGUACAAGACAACGUACAACGGCCGUCGGGCCUGGAACUUUGGCAUCGUUAACCCGGGCGGCCGGAUGCUUUCCGUGACCUCGGCAGAUGCACCGUGGCGACUCGUGUUGCCUCUCGACGGAAAGACAGAGUACGUCUUCAGUGACAUGGGGAAAGAUCCUCUCGAACUGGAUCGCAUGCUGCGAUGGUCCAUGAAUAGCCUCGUGUCCGAGGUGCGGCGGAAAUACGGCGAGGGCGCGGCAACCUGGCUCGCCGAGGCAGAGCCGGUAGCACGGUGGUGGGGGAUGGAGCGAAAACGGCUCUGGCAGUACGAGGAGAAGUAA